UGUGUGUAUGUGUGCUGCAUUACUGGCCGAACCUUUGCGGCAUGCUGAAAGAACAGCACGGCUGUGCACACUAGCACACUAGCUAGCUGUAUCAACACGCGCGCGCUACCAGUCCACCAGAAAAACCGUUAGAAUCGAACGGCAUGUCGACGUCAUCACUGUUUCCCUUAGGAUUAGCAUUUAGCUUGUUAGUUUCCACCAAGCAACAAAAACAGGCUGUGAAACGAAUGUAAACAUGACACGAGGGACACACUGAGCACACUGCCCUGUUAAACAAGUUCAUUUGUGUUUUUAAUCACACACGUCAUGAUGUGUUUAUCCCAGAUGGAGAACAGCCAUGCGGACGAUCUGACUGGAAACCAGAAGCUAAACGCUGUGUUGUUGUUCUUGUGUGUUAUUGUAGUGUGGCAAAAGGCCAAAGUCUUUCAGCACAGUCUUACAGAGUUUCACACACCUUUCCCUUUAUCCAUUAGCUGUGACAGAAACAAAUUAUAAUAGAGUUAUGGUAUUAAAAACCUUUACAAUUACACAGGGGAGCAAGACUGAGGUAUAAGACAUGCUAACGAUGCGCCACAAGAUUCCACUGAGAUUUAAAACCUCACUUGUUCUUCAGUUUGUUCCUUAUUCAUGAAAAUGAUCAGCUAACUAAAGCAAUGUUUGUUAGCUUCUCCCCCCCCCAUGACUCUGUUCUGCAGUACUGUUUGGAAUAAACAAAGUUCACAGCUAACAUUUUUCACCUCAGGAAUUUGUGUUAUUCUGCACACCAGUGAUCGUUAGAAUCAUUAUUAUCGUCGUCAGUAUGCAGUGACGCUUCCUAACUUGCCCGUCGCUUCACUUGAACCUCUGAGAGUGCACCUUUAAGUGGCGUAUUUUAUUAAACCGUCAUUUGGGUGUAAUUUUUGUAAAUGAACUUGCUGUGUUUAAACAGAUUUAAAGUGUAGUGUUGGGAAAAAUAAUUCAAACAGCAGAACAGUUCAUUGUGACAUAUGUGGAAUAUGUUUGUUUGUAGGUUGUCAUCUUCACAGAGCAAAUUGUAUCCUCGUGGCUCCAGUAUCCCCAGUUUCGAUCCUGAGGCCAGGUUACUGUUUUGUACGGAGAUUCUCUGGACGUUCUCCCCCGUGGGUUCUCUCUGGUUUCCUUAUGUCUGCUUAAAAUAGGUGGAUUGGUGAAUGUAAAUUGCCUCUAGUGUUUGAGUGUGUGUGUGUGUGUGUGUGUGGCCAGUUGAUAAACUGGUGUCCCAACUAAAGUGUAUUCCCACCUCACUGUAUGUUCCAGAGACUCGGGAUUCACCACCAGCCUCAUCAGCAGUUACUGAAAUUGCCCUGCGUAGGGCAAAUUUUCUUCAUUUUGGUUCUGACUCAUCGAUUUCUCCUCAGAACUUAUCAAUUUCUUCCCAGAACUCAUCAGUUUCUCCUCAGAACUCAUCAGUUUCUCCUCAGAACUCAUCAAUUUCUCCUCAGAACUCAUCAGUUUCUCCUCAGAACUUAUCAGUGUCUCUUCAGAACUUAGCAAUUUCUCUUCAGAACUUAUCAAUUUCUCCUCAAAACUUAUCAAUUUGUCCCCAGAUCUCAUCAAUUUCUUGUCAAAUCCCAUCAAUUUGUCUCCACAACUCAUGAAUUUCUCCUCAGAACUCAUCAAUUUCUCCUUAGAGCAGCUCCAAUAAAACGAACACCUGAAAUCUGUUCGAGACCUACGGCUGAUUUUGUGCUUUAAAUAGCCACUUAGUUAUCGCUAGCACUCCAGGAGCAUAGGUCAAGUUGCUAACUUGCUGCUUUCAGUUAUGAAAGGUUGAACAUUUCACAAAAAAUCCACACAUUUGUAAUGCAUUGCUAGCAGCUAGUUUUCAGACGGAUAAUUAUUGUUGCAUGUAACUAAUCAUAGUCACCUUUCCUGUAAGAAGAGGUUUGUAACGACAUAAAGUAGUCAUAUACACUGUAUUGUCUCUGUUGAUGGAAUUAUUUAAGUGCCUGUGACCGUGAUGUGGAAACAACUCGGUGAACUGGACGAGCGUUUUUAACUUAAAGGUGUGUUAGUAGGCCAGUGGGACUUCUGGGGAUUCUGGGAUAGACCUGAAUGUAAAGAAACAGUUCAGCAAAAAAAGAAAAAGAAAGCAAAGCAUCCACAGUUUCUGCUCUAGUCAAAAGACAGAAUGUGUCUGGUGUUGGACGUUUGCGCUCUUACUGGUCAGAAAGAUGUUUUGUUGUCUCGAACAGCAGAUCCCGUGCAAAUUACAGGUUUAUAUUAGCAUCCCUGUUCUUAUACAUGAUCCUUUCUGUUAUGAGGAACGGCUCGUUACAGGGACCUGUCGAUGUGAUGACGUGUUCUGUGAGGAGAUGUUUUUGUACCAUUCAUGGAAGGAGUCUCCAGUGUCAGAGCUUUGUAUCAGUCAGAAAACAAAGCUGUAACGGUACAUUUUCUGACAGAGGAGUUUACACGUUGUUGUGGUUUCUGGCUAGCAGGGCCAUUUACUUUUGUGGUCUUCUUGAUUUCAGGGAAGAGAUAAAAAAAUGGAGGCUGCUGAGGGGACGAAUGUUUGAAGCUGUUGUAGCAGAAGUGAGGAACUUGUGCAGACUUUCAACAACAAGAAGUACAGUAUGACGUGUCGUUCCUUAAUAAAUAGAAAUGGAAAUCGUAAGGAAAGUUCUGCGGAACAAGAGGAAUAAACUCUGUAAUCAGACUCAGAGUGGUAACAGUAACUUCUCAUCACACCACCCUGUCUUUGAUUAUUUCACUUUUACUAACAGACACACGCAGAGUUUUAUUCCUGUUGAUGCAUGUGUCUACUGACAGUGUUUGGGUUUUUUUUUUUUUUUUGCGUUUUCUGAGAUGGACGAGUGCAGAAAGAUGACUUGAUGUGUUACAGGAUGGAUGGACAGAUGGAUUGAUUGAUAUGUGAACGAACUGAGUGGACUGACAAGUGUAAACAGACUGAGGUGGACCUACUGAUCUAUGAUCUGAUUACAGUCCAACUGUUUUUUUUGUGUCCUCCUUUUCUCUCACACACUCACACACUCUCUCACACACACACACACACACACACAGAACAGUGUUGUGUUGCACUGCGUGCUGCUGUCACAGUGCGGCUCAUCUUAAUUGUGAGAAAUGCAGUAGGUGGGCAGAUGCAGCGACAUUUACACAAAGGUAGAGAACAUCUCACUCUCUCCUCACUGACUCUCUCUCGCUAUCCCAUAAUCCCACUGUCUGGCUCUCUCGGCUAGGUGUUAAGGCUGGAUAAAUAUUAAUUUCGUUUUUUAAUAACAGCCUUUUGCAGAUGGUUCCCCCUUCCACCUGCCUCGGUUUAUUCUGAUCUCGGAUCAGUGCAGUGUAGCGGAAACGAUGUGAAGCCUAGCUCUGUACGUGAUCAGCAGUUUCGUGUCUGAGAUCGGAAAGUAAGAAUGAUGUUUAAGCAGUGUAGACUUUCUCCAGAUUGAUGGAUGUCCUACAGGAGUCGGGAUUCGCAGGGCCAGAGCGCUGCCCCAGUCCUAACACCACAGACAACGACACGCAUGAUCAUCUUUCUGACAAAUCACAUGUUCUGACGCACUGUGACUCCAGCGAGCCUCCUCUUCUAUCCCCACCCACUCUGGAUUCCUCCAGUCAGACAGCCGAAGUUCCCUUCAGUGUGACAGACCUGCAGGAUGACUCUGUCUCCAAAGCCACCUCUCUCUCCUCCCUCUCGUCAUUCUCAUCUCUCUCCUCCCUCUCAUCCCUCACUUGCUCCAAGCCUGUGAGUCCCUGGUCCAUGCCUCAGAGCUGUGACAGGCCACCCCUUUCCAGCAUGGAUUCUGGAGGAGGAGAUUGCAUAAGUUGUUUACUUCCUAAGAACCAAUCAUGCGAGUCUGUUCUUGGGUUAACCUCCGAUUUUCAGUCCUGCCCUUCCUCCAACAUCAGCAUGCAGUGCCUCAGCUCUGCCACCACAACUGGCCGUUAUGGUGACCAAGUGCUAUCUGAUCAGUUGCUCAGUGGCCCCACCCAUCCAGCUGGAAUUAAUGACAAUGCAGAAGAAGGCAAGUCGAUGCGAGAGAGCGAAUCGGAUGAUGAUCCAACCUCUAGGAGUAUAUAUGAGAGCUUGGGGGAGGAGGCUCAAGACUGGAGCUGCCUGGAGUCCCUGAUCAGUGAGAGUCGUAUGGAACUGUUAGACUUGUGCUCUCGCAGUGAGCUGGCAGUCAAUCUGUUUUGCGAGGAAGAUGUGGAAAACUACAUGUUCCAGGAUGAGGAGUCAACACUGGGUACCGAUGUCUGUUCGCUCAAAAUUCGCUACGAGUCGUACCCAGAUGUGGCACAAGAACGGGCCGAGGUCCCCCUGCAAGACGAAUCCCAGCUAGGCUUUUUUCCCACUCUACCUUGUAGCAGAACAGAAAGUUUACAAGACAAGACAGACCAAUCUAGCGAGGACAAGGCAGAGGCCCCAACAACCCCCAACAGCAAUUUUCUUUUUGACCUCAGUAACUCACCAGAAGAUUCUGGCGAGUUCAGUGAUGACAGCUACUGCACAGGCUCCCCUGACACCUGGCAAGCCCAGCAACCUCAUGGGCAACUGUCCAGGGAAAAUUCUAGCUCCUCCAGCCAGCUCAGCUACCGCCUUCGAGCCAAGAGGAAGGUUGCUUUCCGAGAAGACUACCUAUAUGAUGUGGACUCAAUAGAGAGUGAGAGGAAUGCAGAAAAGCGGAAGAAGCUGUCAGUCGGCCCUAAGAAGGAGUGGGAUGAUGACUGGUGUCCAAAGAAACGGCGCCGGUCGUGUCGAAAGGAGCCACCUGUCAUCAUUAAAUACAUUAUCAUCAACCGCUUUAAAGGUGAGAAGCACAUGCAGGUGAGGUUGAGUAGAGUGGAACCUUCAGUCUCAAUGGUAAAUCUAAAUCCAGACUCCUUACUGCACUAUGAAAAACUGGCACCACUGAAGGCCUACUGGCAGAAGAAGGAAAAGGAACAGCAGGAGCAAAACUCCUUAGCAGCUGCAGACAAAACCAAACGCCUCAAUGGCUGCAAAAGGCCACCAAGUACUACCCCUAAACGCAAACAAAGGAGCGCAAGACUCAGGAUUCAACGGGUCCCUGCUGUAGAGACUCCAAUCCCCAGCCAAACUGCUGCUGCCUUGUGUAACAAUCAACCAGAAAUGACUGACUCAGUAAAAAGCACAGAAGACCUACAAGGGGCCACAACACAUGAUGCCUUGGACUAUGUAGAGACAGGUAAAACUACACAUCCAGCCAGGGCUAAGAGCAGAACACAAGAGAGAGAGGAGAUGAGAAAGCUAGAUAAAACAGUGAAGUUAAAGAAAUUCAAAAGUGAAGCCAGGCUGAGGGCUAAAAAGCUACAGGAAGCACAGAAAGAGGAAAACGCCACUGCCUCUGAACUUACAGAGUUAAGUUCUUGUUUACCUGAAAACCUUAGUGACUCUUUGGAAAGUAACCUUCUCACAAAUGAGACCUCGAUCGAAAAAUGCACUUUGAAUCCCACUGCCCCUGGGACUAAUGAGAAUGUGGACCUCCUGCCUGGUGGAUAUCUACAGACUCUUCUGGAAGCUUCUGAUUCUUCCAGCACAUAUUUUUCUACAGACCAGCAGCAGACAGGGUUGCUACCAGUUGCAGCCCCUCUGCAACCAGUUCAAACUUGUGUACUUUCCCCUCCAUCAGAAUCUGAGCUCCCUCACUCACCCCAGCCUCUCGAGCCCGUCCCACACCAAACAUCAUUCCCUGAGACCGACCACCCUGAACAAAGUUACCCUGUCAACUGGCCUUCCCAGCCCACAGUUGAGCAGCUGUCGUUCUCUCCAGACAUCCCAACUCAGUCCCCAGUAAUGCCGUCAGGCUUUCAAAGGCCAAUUUCUGUACUAGCAGGGGACAGCACAACAGUGACAGGGUAUAGCCAGGUACCGCUGGGUACCUGCAGGAUGGCAUUUGAAGAACCACUCUUGACAGAACCCCAUUCUGAUACUGAUUAUGGGCGUAGUCCAGUGGGAUCACGAGCUGAAAACGGCAUGGGCCGGCUUGUCAGUUUUAACUCCCUGGGAUCUCUUUCUGCAGCUUCAAGCAACUAUAGUUCUCUUAGUCUGAGAGAUGGUGAACGAGAAAGAGAAGAAGAGAUGAGCGAGAUCAGUGAUGGUUUUCUCUCACAUUGCAGCCCUCAGCUCGUUCUGCAGCAGAGUCUUGAGGAGAUCACUCCGCUUCGAGAGUCCACUGACUUGCUUGACAUAUCAAACUUCACCCCUGACAAGUUCCGGCAUUCCUCCUUGUCUGAAAUGUCCCCACCUGACACCCCUAGCCCCUCACCACAGCUGCUGGGGAACUGUGGCAAAGGGGGAGGGUUUCUAGAAGCAGCAGGGGCUAAUGUGAGGUGGAACUGCAGCACUGUCCAACAAGUGGAGCAAGAUGCAUCGCAAAAUGCACACCUCUUACAAACCUUCACUGCGGAGGAUGAUAAAGAAGGGCUUCAAGGUCUUAAGAGGUCUAAAAAGAAGGGAGGAAAGAAUGGACAAAGCACCAAAAAGACCAAAACUCCCAAGGCGGCUAAAGGUGAGAGGGUUAAGCUGCCCAAACAGGGUUCGCAUUCUGCUAAGAAAAUCAAGGCAUUACUAGAGGGGAAAGCAGCUAAAGGUGAGAGGAAAUUAGAUAGCGGUGCUCCUUCUCCAACCCCCUCCCUAAACAUAAUAGGGGCUCAGGGGGACUGGCCCAAUCCUGGAGCUCUAUCAGAUGAUGAUCAGGGUGAGUUCCAAGAGCCGUCAAACAUCCUGUCCAAUAUAGUCUCUGGCAUGGCUGAGGUACAACGCUUCAUGCGGGCCUCAGUGGAACCACUUUGGGGACCUUGUCUGUCACCUGGGCAGCACGCUCUCCAAAGCCAAACACUGAAAAUACUUGGUAGCAGUGCUGACCUUAAGAAACGGAGCAGUGCGUCAGGAGCAAGUAAGGGGAAGAAAGGGACGGGGCGUGAUGGUAAGACCUCAUCGAAACUUCUUGCACCUGGCUUCUUCCCUCCUAUCGGUUUGGAUUGCCUCCCGCUUCCACACCGGCCGGCUCACAAAAAGAUGUACCGCCACAAGAGCACCACAAAGUUUGCCCGUGAUGAACUUUUAGCGGGUAAAAGGGACAUUAAAGGGGUUGCAUUGGCAGCUUUGGUAGAGAAACAGAGGUAAUAUUUUCUCUUUGCAAAGUACCCAUGUGAGUCCUCGUCUCCUGUCGAAUUCCUUCUGAGCCGUUUACCCCCCCAAACACUACUCAGAGCUGCAUGGCACUGACUUUACCCACAGUCCUUUGCCUGCCCCACAGGAAAGUGGGUACACCCUGCAUGACAGCCCUGCUAAGCUACCUACUGACUAAGUGGAGUCACUGUAUCACAGCUGCAUCUAUCUGCCAUUUGCUGCUUUGUUGCAUUUUUGUAAUCGAUUCAGUUAUUUUGAUCAGUUUUUAUUUUUAAAGAGACAUUGCCUUGAAAGCCACCUUGAAUCAUACUCUGGUGUAGUAUUACAUUUGGGGUGGGCGUUUUCUUCUCUCCGUCACAGUUCAAGCGCUAUAAGUGUUCAAUCCGUGUGCUAACACUGUUGUUCAAAAACGAGCCCAUCACCUUGCAAAACGGUUGCCUUCUGUUUGUUCUGGGGUCAGGUUGUUUUUUGUUUUUGUUUUGAAGUAUUCCCCUCAUUAAGAGUGUUACUGUGCCAACCAUUUGGAAAGAUGGAUUCGGGAACUCCACGGGUAGCGCAUAAUUCGAAAAGGACAUCCUACUUUUGUAUAAGACACUCGUGUCUUAAUGUAACAGUUGUCCUUAGUAUUAUGUUUAAUUUAUGGUUCAAGUAUUGAGGGUUUGGUCAACCAGUGCCAUAGGCUGACCCAAGUCCUCUCUGCCAGUAUCGAAAUGCUGUUGUACAGGAACAUAUGCACUAUUUACAAAAUAAGAUUAUAUCAAACAUGUUUAAAAUGAACAUGCCAAAAUAUGAACAAUUAAGUGUACAGAACAUUUUUAUCGACAUAAUAAAUAUUUGCUGUUUUUUAAUGUGGUGGUGGUUGUGGGAAUGUAUGUGUGCGGUUUUGGGGUGGGUUGGAGAAUAAUUUCGGACUUUACUGUUGUUACAUAUGCAGACAUGGGUUUGUGGAGUCUUCUGUACAAUCGGGGACAAUGAUAUCAUCGUUUGUUUUGUUUGUUUGUUUUUUUGUUCAUUGUUUUGUUCGAGAUUACAUUGCUUAGUGUGGUGCAAAAAGAAAGAAAGCCACUGAGCAAAAGAGAAAAGAGGAAGUGUUGUAACUACGCAUGUGCCAAAUAUAAGUUAUUUAACAUUUCAUCACAAUUUACAAUAUCAGCAUAUUUAAAGGACAUGACUGUGUGUUUAUUUGUACCUGUAUUCAUAGGGCAGCGUUUUUAAACCUAAAUCUUAUUCUGGGAUUUAAGCCAGCAGACUUAUGCUAGCUGGUAGGGACGACAUAAUUAGCAUAUCUUAAUACUUGAAGAUGUUUUCAUUACACACAAUAUCAAAUGCCAAAACAGUGCCAACAAAAUAGUAGUGCCAAAUUUAAAAAAGAAAAAACAAAAACCACAAAAACUCAUCAUAUUUUAAUACUAUUUUUAUAGUUCUAACAAUUAACAGAUAUCUGCAAAAAUACUUCUUGAUAUUCAGUCAGCUAGUGACUACUGUUAAUAACAAUAACACUAAUUUAUGAUUGCGAUAUUUUUGAUAUCAUAUCAAGAUAUCACUCGAGUUACACUCCAGUUAGCUAGCUAAAUAUGAGCUACAAAACAUUAGCUAGCCAAAUGGAAUCAAUUAAAAAUGAAGUUGACUUGCAUUCUUUCGAAAUAUCUCUCAGUCAGAGAGUCUCCAGAUUUGCUUUACUUUGGAAACUUUAACAGAUUUCAAAGUAAAAAUGCUGCAUAGCGACUAAAGAGUACCGAAUAUUAGCACAUGCCUAGUUAAACUUGAUCAACUGAGUGACCUGGAGUCAUGCUCCGGUUACGAAAAGGAUUAAACAAUAAAAGAGGUACAGGGGGGACUGGACUGGACAGACACUUACCGUAAUUCAGUAGAGAUCAUGAAAGGGUGACUUUAAUCAUAACCUUUACCCAUCUCUUCAUAAAGAUUCCCGAAUAAACGCAUCAAGUUUCAGUUUUGCAGACAACAGGACCAAAUUAUUUUUGUGCGUUUUUUCCAGUGUUGCUAGCGAUGUGCAUGCAUAACCAUGAUAUUCAAGCUAAGUUGUGCAUGCAGAUGCCCUUAUUUAGCAUCUUUUUUGGUUCGAUUUGUUUUCUUUUUCUCUUGCGAUGUUUGAAUGUUAUUUAAUGUUUACAAAAAAAAAAUAAUAAUGUGAGUACCCCAGCCUUCCCUUCCCUAGCAUUGUAUUUUAUUUUAUUUUUUUCUUCCCAAUAAUUUAUUAUUUUUUUUGGAUAAGGGAACUACACAGACUUAUAAAAUUCCCUUGUAAACAAAUACGAAACGCAGCAUUUACAUCAACUACAGUUAGUCAAAAAAAAAAAAAACAACAUCCGUGUGCCAUAUUUACGAAUGUAUUACGCCUUCAUGGGUUUUAUUUCACAUAACUAUUUUUUUUUUUGCCAUAUUUAUUUCUUUUUCAUCAGAAAAACAGACCUGUUUGUAUCAUCUGGUAUCUUUGCCAGGAGGAUUAUUAAAACUCUUGAUGUAGGGGGAAAAAUUGAACAACCUGUAUAUUUUUCAUCGUGCCAAUUUGUACCAUAUUUUCUAAGUGUAUAUUUUUCUUAGAAAGUGCUGUGAGGUCGUUUUCUUGAUGUGGCUUCUGUCCUUUUUGCCUUUCAGGCAGUGAAAAAGGUCACUGAAUUAUCAUGGGAUUUUUAAAAAAAAAAAAUAUUUGUCUUAAAGCCAAAAAUUGUGAAAGACAAAAAAAAUCCUAUGGUAAAGGAGAAAAAGCUGUGGCUUUGUUGAGUUUUGUUAUUGGACCAAUCUUAUUGUGAGAGUGUUGUGCUCUAGUAAAAUCAAUUACUGAUGAAAAAAAUGAAAACAGACAGCUAAUUAAUGACACUAAUUUGUGAUUUAAUCUCUGUUUUAUAGAUUUUAAUGUAAAUUAUUCUAGUAUUUUGUUUCUGUUGUAUCUGUUUCAAAGGUUUAAAUAUUUGUGAACCAGCCUGUAUGGUGAAAAAUGUAAUAUUGGUAACUGGAGUUUUGUAAUCAUGUUU